GGCGUGCCUAAGUGGUGUAAAUAAUUAAUGACAAUGUCUUGCUAACAGAUCCCUGGAGAUACAAACACAGUGGCUCUGUUAGAAGAGAGCGAGAUGCUGGCAGACGAUGCAGGAAAACACAUAACAUGCCUGUUGGAUCGCUGCUGUUGGCUUUGAGAAGCAUCAGAGGUUGAGCUGCUGGAUCUUAUGUAUGUAAACAGAGGCAGAUAAACACUGGACAGCAUGUCGAAUGAGGAAAAGUGGGUCACUUUGAGUCCAAAUGAAUUCUCUCUUCUUCAAGACUAUGCACAAUACACAACUAAGAAACUAAAAGAUGUUCUCCAGGAGUUUCAUGGAGAUGGGAUUCUGGCCAAGUAUAAUCCUGAAGAGAAGCCAGAAAUCCUCAAUCAGCAGGAAAUUGACUUCGAGGGUUUCCAGCUCUUCAUGGAGACCUUCCUGGAGAGUGAACUUGCUGAUGAGUUCUGCCAGCAUCUCUUCCUCAGUUUCUGCAACAAAGACCCCAAGCCAAGCCCCUCCAUGACAGACAAGCAGAGAAUCAUGGGUCUAAAACUCAUAAAGGGAAGCUCCACGCCGCCAAAGGUAUCAUCCGCAUCCAAAGCUCUCGGUUCAGUCCAGUUGAAGGAUAUGAUCUGCUACCUCUCUCUGCUGGAGGGCGGACGACCAGAAGACAAACUAGAAUUUAUGUUUCGACUUUAUGACACAGAUGGGAACGGGGUUUUAGACAGUAAGGAACUGGAGCACAUUAUCUCUCAGAUGAUGCAUGUUGCAGAGUAUCUGGAGUGGGACGUCACAGAACUGAAGCCGAUUCUGGAGGAGAUGAUGCAGGAGAUCGACUAUGACCGUGACGGGAUGGUUUCUCUUGAAGAGUGGGUCCAGGGUGGUCUGACCACCAUUCCUCUGCUAGUACUUCUAGGACUUGAAACUAAUGUAAAGGAUGACGGGCAACACGUGUGGAGACUUAAGCACUUCAGUAAACCUGCAUAUUGUAACCUGUGUCUGAAUAUGUUGAUUGGAUUGGGAAAGCAAGGCCUCUGCUGCUCCUUCUGUAAGUACACCGUUCACGAGAGAUGUGUGGCUCGAGCCCCGCUGUCCUGCAUCAAAACAUACGUCAAAUCUAAGAAAAACACAGAGAUUAUGCAUCAUUUCUGGGUUGAGGGAAACUGUCCAAGCAAGUGCGAUAAGUGUCACAAAACUAUCAAGUGUUACCAGGGUCUUACGGGCCUUCACUGUGUCUGGUGCCAGAUUACUCUACACAACAAGUGCGCUUCACACGUCAAACCCGAAUGUGACUGCGGAUCACUGAGAGAUCACAUACUUCCUCCAAACACAAUAUGCCCUGUUGUACUGGAGAGACAGUCCACUCUGAGAAAAGACUCCAGCCAAUCAGGAGGCCGGGGGAAAAUACAAAGGACCGAUUCAGUAUCAGUGGAUGGACAGGGGCUACAGAUUACGCCAUUAGAAGGAACUCAUCCGUUGUUGGUUUUCGUCAACCCUAAAAGUGGAGGCAAACAAGGGGAAAGAAUCUUCCGAAAGUUCCAGUACCUCCUGAACCCCCGUCAAGUCUACAACCUGGCCAAGAACGGCCCCAUGCCUGGCUUAAAUUUCUUUCGAGAUGUUCCAGAUUUCAGAGUCCUGGCCUGUGGUGGAGAUGGUACCGUUGGAUGGAUUCUUGAUGUUAUAGAUAAAGCCAACUUUGAACAGAAUCCCCCUGUGUGUGUACUUCCUCUCGGCACAGGAAAUGACCUCGCAAGGUGUCUGCGCUGGGGUGGAGGCUACGACGGAGAAAGUCUUUUGCAGAUUCUCAAGGACAUUGAGAACAGUGCUGAAGUGAUGUUGGACAGGUGGAAGAUUGACAUCACUCCUGUAGACAAAGAUGAAAGAGGAGAUCCAGUCCCGUAUAGCAUCGUGAACAAUUACUUCUCUAUUGGCGUGGAUGCAUCCAUCGCUCAUCGAUUCCACAUUAUGAGAGAGAAACAUCCAGAAAGGUUUAACAGCAGGGCGAAGAAUAAGCUUUGGUACUUUGAGUUUGGAACCUCAGAGACCUUCUCGGCAACUUGCAAGAAGCUGCAUGAUUAUCUUGAAAUGGAGUGUGAUGGUGUCACCCUAAACCUCAGCAACAUCUCAUUGGAGGGCAUUGCCAUCCUGAAUAUUCCCAGCAUGCACGGCGGUUCCAACCUUUGGGGACAGAGCAAGAAACGGAGGGGUCACCGUCGAACAGGGAAGAAGUCUCCGGAAAAGAAGACCCCAACUGUUGACCCCAAACAACUAGUUUUUGCUAUCCAAGGUACCCACGAGCCCAGGUUUGGACCAGAGAAGGCACUUAGCCUGGGCGCCUCGCCGAUGGUUUUGAAAGCCUUCGUAGAUACGGCUUCAUCUGAAGGAGCUCUGAAGGUGAGAGGCCUGUGCUUGUCAGAUUAG